AUGGAAUCGUCAAAUAGCAAAUUUAAGAAAUUUCGAAAACGUAUUUUUCGUCCGAUUCAUCGUUUUAAAAGUAAAAAUAAAGAUGAACAACAACACAGUGUUCUACAAGAACAAAAUCAAAAAGUUGAUCUACUCAUUCGAAAUGAAGAUUUUAAUGUUACUGGUUUUGUAAUUGAUCCACAAAAUUAUUUAUAUCAUUAUUGGCUUGGCAUAAUUUCAGUUGCUGUUGCUUAUAAUCUUAUUUUUAUACCAGCUCGUUAUGCAUUUGAUGAUCUAAAUAGCAAUUUAAGACUUACUUGGAUUGCAUUAGAUUACGCAUUUGAUGUCAUUUAUUUAAUUGAUAUUUUUCUACAAUCGAGAACAGGUUACUUUAGCCACGGUCUCUUUGUUCGUAAUCACCACGUUUUGGCUCGGAAAUAUUUUUCAUCACAUGAAUUUUAUAUUCGUGAUCUUUUAUCAAUAUUUCCAACUGAUCUUCUAUAUUUCAAUCAACGUUUACGGUUUAUAUCAAUCAUUCGUUCGAAUCGAUUCUUACGGAUUCAUCGUCUUUUUGAAUUUCAAGAAUUAACUGAAUCACGUACACGAUUUCCAAAUGCAUUUCGUAUUGGAGUACUUAUUUGUUUAACAUUAACACUAAUUCAUUGGAAUUGUUGUAUAUAUUUUCUUAUUUGUCAACAUUUGGGUUUCGGUAGUGAUGAAUGGGUACUACCCGCUUCAGCACACAAUGAAACAGUUGCAAUGCUUUAUACAUAUUGUUUUUAUUGGUCAACACUCUUAUUGAGUACUAUUGGUGAUGUUCCAUUGCCUGUUAAACAGUCUGAAUAUGUUUUUGUUUUAUUUGAUUAUAUGAUUGGUAUACUUAUAUUUGCAACCAUCAUUGGCAGUCUUGGUACAAUGAUAUCAUCUCAAAAUCAAUCAAGACAACAAGUUUGUGAAAAAAUGGAUGAAAUAAAACGUUAUAUGAAAUUUCGUUCGGUUAAUCGGAAACUUGAACGAAAAGUUAUAAAAUGGCUUGAUUACUUGUAUACAAAUCGACAAGUAUUGAAUGAAGAAAAGGUUUUAAAUUCUGAUUUAAGCGUUGAACUACGUAAAGAUCUUGCAAUUAAAGUACAUCUAGAAUCGUUACAACAAGUUAAAUUAUUCAAUGAUUGUGAAUCAAAUUUACUUGUUGAAUUGGUAACGAAAUUAAAACCCAUAUUCUUUGGCCCUGGAGAUUAUGUUUGUCGAAAAGGUGAUAUUGGAAAAGAAAUGUAUAUUAUUAAGCGUGGUGAAUUAGCUGUUGUUAGUGACGAUGGAAAAACAAUAUUUGUUAAACUUAAAGAAGGCGCUGUUUUUGGUGAAAUAUCAAUUUUAAAUAUUCCAGGUUCCAAACAUGGUAAUCGUCGUACAGCUAAUGUUAAAUCAUUAGGUUAUUCUGAUUUAUAUACAUUAUGCAAAGAAGAUCUAUGGCUUGUACUUGAUAAUUAUCCAGAGUCACUUUCAAAAAUAAUCGAAAAAGGUAAAUCAUUACUACGUAAAGAUAAUCUUCUGGAUGAAACACUAACUGAUAAGAAACGACACGUUGAACAAGAUCAAUUAUUAAGUGUGCAACAUCGUAUUAAAAAGUUAAUGGAUCUUGACGAAUUAUUAAACGAUCGUAUUACAAAAUUUCUAGACAACUAUGUUGAUUCAAUCAGAUCAUUUAAACAACAAUUAUCGACAUUAGAAUAUAGUUAUGGAACAAGAAAACCAAGUGUAUCUGUAUCAGUUAAUAUUCCAGCAAAUACAUCAAAACUGCAUUUCUAUGAUAAUAAUCUAAGAGAUAAUAAUAUAAACAAUAUUAUUAAAUACGCAAGUGCACCAUUUUUAAAGAUUGAUCAAUAA